AUGAGAAAAUUGCAAAAACAAAUUGAGAAGUUUUUGUGCGAUAACCAAAACGAAAAUUCUUCAAGUGAUCGAGAUAUACAAUCAGCUAGAAAUAUGCCAGAAUUAGUGGAUGUACACGCUGAAAAUGCACAUAAAAAUGAGAACAUGAAUUCUCAACGGACAGCGGCGAAUUCAAGCGGGGUGGCAGAUGAUACAGAGUUGCUCAAUUUUAUGGGAGAAGAUUCAUCUAUGAUUUUAAAAAAGGGGAAUCCAGUACACGAGGGUAUUGUAUCAAGAUUAAAGCAUAUUUUUACUAAGGCUCUCGAAAAAGACAACAAAGAAGAAAUAUUGACAAAAUAUCCCCCUCCAAUAAUUUUUAAUUAUAUAUUAUAA